GGUACACAAUUCAGGCAUGUGAUCAUCACUGAAAAUACAUGUAUUGUGGUUAUUAGAGAAAAGAAAUGCAACAGGAAUUGGUCUUAAGGCAGUAUAUUUUGAUCAGUGUGUGUGAAGUUUUGAUCCACUUAAUUUUAAGAUGAAUUAGAUUCUUUGGAGCAUCUUACGCCUGUUUUUAAGAGGCAGAAUGAGGAGUUUUUACCUCUAUUAACAAUCAAAUCAUCCACAACCACACCUCAGCAUGCAUCUUAGGAAUACCACCGUCGCAGAGAAAUCCCGCAAGAAACUCCUUGGGCAUCGAACCAACAACCAAUACCCGAGGUCCGUUGCACCAUGUGGAACGUCACCGUAGCAAGCAUCAUGGCCACACUGAACAUCAUCAACCCCAAAGACUACACCUGCCCUGCAAACUGUUCCGGUCACGGACAAUGCCUAAAUGGAUCAUGCAUAUGUGUGGUCCAGUUCCAAGGAGGAGAUUGUGACGAGUACAACAACACAUACUUCAUUGCAUUUGGAUCAGUCUUUUAUCUCCUAGGCUGUGUAGCUAUCAUCCAAUUGAUUCUGUGCAUGAGAUCAGAAUUCCAGCGGGCCAAGACGCAUUCCCUAUCGGCAGCAUGUCGUAUCUCAACUCAAAAGACUCUUUAUAUCAUGGUGAUUCUGGCUACCUUCAGCAGAGGACUCUAUUUUACACUAUUGAAAUACAUCCCCCAUCACUGGGCAGCAAAUAUCUUGAGUAUGUACUAUCCAUUCCUCCUGUCAAGCUGUUCGCUCUGUGUCUGCUUCUGGGCUGAGGCAUUUCACAUCUCCAACAAAAGCUACGAACGUCCAGGGUCCCUGUCCAAAUCCCUGGUCUACUUCCUCGUCUUCAAUGUGUUCCUGUAUGCUGCCCUCAUUGCCCAGUUUGUUGCGUCGGAGAUGGUACCGGAGCCGACCUACCUGCUCAAGGUGGUCCAGGGCUUCUUUGGGAGUCUAAUCUUCAUCGAAGUCAUCCUGUUCCUGGCAUACGGAGUGGAAGUCUAUUUCAAGGUAAAAGGGGCCUUUGCAAAUGCCAGCACCUCGUUGGACCUGCGAACCUUACACCUCUCCCGAUUUGGACUCCUUUUCCAAGGAAUACUUCAAAUCAUCACGGCAUUCUUCUUAAUGAUGAGUGUUACAGAAGCCAAGUGGAAUGAGAGCAUUCCUCUCCUGCAGCGGAACUCCUAUGUUAUUGUAUUCCGUAUCGUGGAACUAGCCAUGGUGAUGUGGUUCCCGUGUGUCCUCUGGAAUUGUAGAAGUCCUGAAAAGCUGUGGAUUUUAAACCCGAAAACAAUCUUGAGAGAAAACAACGAUGAAGAACGAGUUGCGCCACCGGCACAACCGAUUCAGACAGAACAACGUGAGGAAACCAAUCUUUUGAGCUGUAGAACGAAGCAAGAGCCAUCAACGAGUACAAACUCCUACCAAAGUACAGAUACUCGAAACAGAAGUAGCACAGACCCAGAUUGUUGGAUCUGUUAUGACCGAGACCCAAGCCUUGGCCCUCUGAUCACACCUUGUACUUGUAAAGGAGACGUAGCGUUCGUCCAUCAUGAAUGCCUCAGAAAAUGGAUGUUGGAGCUUGAUGAUAGCCCGGAACUCAUCAAAUGCAAAGUCUGUAAGAAUACUUAUGAUGUAAAGCAAGGCAAGGUACGGUUAUACCAGGGGCUGGGUUUCAGGGAUGGGACCUUCUGCUUCUUUGCGUUCUUCGCCAUGGCAAGCGGACCAGGGGCCGUCUACGCCAUACUCCAGGCCUACCCCUCCAGCACUAUCAACAUAGUCACUAUCGGAAUGUGCGUUUUAGUGGAGAUGACAUGUCUCAGGUAUCUCGGAUAUACCAUAGCAAACGCCUACAAGAGAGCCAAAAUAUUCUCCUUGAAAAUAAUGGGCAAGACGUCCACCUCCAUCAUCAUGGAGAAUGAAGCGUCGACUUCAGGUGUGCUUGAACAGUCAAAUGAAUACACUAACAAUGCUGAAGCUAGCAGCUCAAAAUGUGAAGGUGCUAUGUAUGGUGGUGUUGAAGUAGCAAGCAGUAAUGAAGUUGUUGAAGCAGAAGUUAUUGAAGCAGCAAGAACAUUGGAGCAGUGUGAAGUUCAUGAAACAAGCAGCACGUUCACGGAACAGGUUGUGUCGCCUGGGCAACCGACACUUACAAAGGAUGUCAGAAUAUGACACUUUCAUCUCAAAAGGAACAUUUUCCCCAUUUUUGUAGCCAUAUCAAUUUGCCAUUCCAUCAUAUUAUCUCUUUAUAAAGUAAAGCAACUCAUUGACUUUGUUGAAUGUUAAUUAUUCUAUAGCACCAAGUGCAAGUUGUUUAUAUUUAAUGUUAUUUACAUGUAUAUUGUAUCAUUAUUUCAUAAUAUUAUCGUCCAUUUGUGUUGACUUAUUAUACUUGUAUUAACUUGUACUGCACACGAAUGUAUAAAUGUUGAAACAUUUGCAAUCUUGAAAAAUGGAUAGUAAUGCAUUUACACUAUAAAUGUAUGGUAAUAUCAGGCUAUGAUGUUAAGUUUUUAGUUGAUUAAAAUGUCAAAGAUGCAGAUAUUUUCUAUAUAUCCAGUACAAAUUCAUAGAAAUAAAUGCUAUUUAUAGGAUUAUCAAGCCUUUAUUGAGACAAUAUUGCAUCCAAAUGGAUGUUGUAUGCUACAGGUGAAUAACAAGAUUGUAUUAUGUAUUUUCAUUUAUAUUGCCAAAAAACAUAUAAUUCCAUCCAGACUGCUCUCACAAGCCAAACAUAAAAAUUAAACGAUGAUAAUUUAUUUCAAAUUGCUGUAUAUGUGUGUCACCUUCUUAUAUACACCUAAGAAAAGCACAGAUUAGCAGGAACAUUUUUCAGAAAUUGAUUAUUCUUUGAAGGCGUAAGACUAGUCUGUAGCCACAGACCCUGAUUUGAACUUUGAUCAAGAAGUGGGUCUUCACAUGAGACUAGGAUGUAUGAAACUUGCUGUUAGCAAGAGGGCCUUGAUCUGUACGCAAGACAUUGUAGAUUGCCCAUUCAGACCACUUUACUCGAGUAAAGGGUUUGCACAGCAGACUAGGCACAGACCUGGAUUGAAACGAGUGGGUCUUUAGGCAAGCCUAGCACAAUUAGAACUUGUUUCAAUCUUGUGUUUGAAAUGCCACAUGACGUACAGUUCAAUUCAGCCCAUUAUAUGAUUGAAAAUCAGACCUCUUUGAUGUGUCUUGACAAUGGGCUAGUGUCCGUAGACUAUCUUACAUACAUGUAUAAAGUCUCCAUUUUGUAAUGUAUCCUUGUCAUGUAUUCAUAUGCUUACCCACUCCAUGAUACAUUACAAAUUAGGUCAACAUUAUGAGGAUUCUCAGAAACAGUCUUCUAACAUUAUCAUGGAAGUCUUUACUUCAAUAACAUGUAUGAAUGUAGUCACUUUAACCAGACAGUUUUGAAAGAAUUUAGUUCACAAGGAUUUGAAUUCGGUGUGCCAUUUCUUAUAUUUAUAGUAUCGAAAAGUACAUUACUUGUGUGGAGGCAUCGUGGUCUAGUGGUUAAGACUCUCGUCUUUCAAUCUGAGGGACGUGGGUUCUAUUCCCAACCACAGCGUGUUUUCCUUCAGCAAGAAAUAUACCCACAUUGCACUGCACUCAACCCAGGUAAGGUAAAUGGGUACCAGCAGGAAGUAAGUCCUCAAAAAGAUGUGAGGACCAGAGUUGGUAGACUAGCAUAGCGAGGGUAAUGUAGGAGCGCCUUGAGCACCUAAGAAGGUGGAUAAGUCAUUACUUGUGCUUUAUAAAUUCUAUGUUAUUAUUGUAAAACUGCAUAUUUUUUUAUUUUAAACCAGGAGUAUUCAUGCAAAUUCAUAACCUAAUAGAGCAAAAGAAAAAUGCAAUUUUCAUAGAGCGUUUUGAAGCGACUUUAUUGGUGUACCGUGAAACCUACUACACUAGAGUCAUCUAUCUAGAAAUAAUCUUUUCCCGAGGUGCACUAUUAUUACCUAAGCUUAAUUGAGCUGCCUUCCAGUGCUCAGUGCAUUCAAGGAAUUAAUCCCGCCAGGUACCCAUUCAAUCAAAUUCUUUAUAACACGUAUUCCAAAAUAAUCUCUUCUCACACAACUCAUGACGUAAUAAACAAAUCUUUUAUGACAUCAAGUAAGAAAGUUGUGACAUCAUAAGAUAUUCAUUGUGAUGUCAGAAGUUUAUCUUCCCAAUAAUGGACCAUGUUUUAGAAUAUGUCUACCAUGCACAUUUAUGGGUAUUAUCAAUAGUGCAGUUUGACAAAGAAGUGGAUGAGAGAUAAAGAGAGAGAGAGAAAAAAGAGAGAGAGAGAUUGAGAGAGUAUCGAGAAGGCUAAUUAAAAUGGUAUAAAACCCUGAAAUUGUGCUAUAAUGUAACUGAGAAUCGUAUAUUGCUGUGCCUUAAUUUGCAAUCAAGUAUUAGAGUACUUAAUUUAUGCAGCUCCUUUUUUUCAAAAUUUAUGCUUAAUAUCAGUAAAUGCAAUGUCAGUGCUAUAUUUUAUAUACAGAUUAUAUAGAAAUGAGGUUUAAAUUGUAUUUUGUUGUUUGAGAAUGAGUUUACAAAGAUAUUUGAUGUAUUUUUCUAAUCUCACUGAAAUUGAAUUAUAGGUUGUUGCCAAUGUUCAAUUUUGAAUUUAGAGUACUUUGGUAAUCAAAACUCCUUUUCUUCAGUUUGUGCAUUCCAUAAUACAUGCCCCAUUAACGUUUAUCUUUGUAUAAGAUAUUUGGUGGGUGUUUCAUAAAGUUGUUUGUAAGUUACAAGCGACUUUAUGAAUGACUGGUGAUCCUUUAUUAGGAACUGAAUCAAUACCUAUGCAAUCUGUUGUAUAUCAUUUACCACAAGAAAGGGUCACCAGUCGUUUAUUAAUAAAGUUGCUGGUAUCUUAUGAACAACUUUAUGAAACACUCGUCAGAUAUGAUGGAAAGUCUUCUGAAAUUAUUAGUAGUUAUCAAAGGAAAUCUGAGAUAUUUCAAUGAUAUGAAAGCAGACAUAUAUUUCUAUUUGAACUUAUUUCACUUGAUGCAUUUAUGACACAGUUACAUGUAUUUGUAAUUUUAAGGCUCUGCUCAUUAGUCAUUUUCAAUUUCAUCAAUUGCAAUAUACUAGUUGCAAUCAUUAUUUUCUUUAUAAUGAGGUAUAUUACAGUACUGAGAAUUAGGAAAGAAGAAUUUAUGUUUCGUAUCAAAUUGCAAUUGAUUUAUAUAUUAUAUGUGCUGUAUGUUUAUUACCAUUGUGCAUACUUCAUAGUAAAUAUUAAAGCAUUAUUUGAUAAUCUUAUUGUAAUAGAAUGAGAUAAGAUUAUAUUUUGGGGGUUAAUUAUUUAAAAAAAUAUGUUAUGAGAUACAGAGGAGUCUGACUAUUGUAAAAUCUAUUCGGCCUAUAGAAAUCUGUUCAAUUUGGGUGAAAAUGUUGUAGAAAAGUUGAAUUCUACAUAAUGUAACAAUAAGAAAAGGGAAAGUGGGGGCUUGAUAUUACCACCCCAUCUAUUGCGUAAUGAUGAUGUCAUGGGCGUAAAGGUUGGGGGGCUCUUGCCCCCCCCCCCUCCCAAUUUUUCACGACCAAGAAAAAAAAAGAGAAAAGGUAAGGGAUAAGGGUGAAAUAUAUUAUUUUCUGAAUAUUAUGUCAAAAUCUAUCACAAACGUGGAUUUUUGUAAUAAAAAUGUUGAAAUUUCUGCUCACUUGCUUCGAUCGCUCGCAACUUAUUAACUUUACGCGAAACACCAUAUCGAGCCCCCUCAAAAUUUUUUGCUCAUUAUGCCAAAAAAUAUUUUUUAUCCGAUUUGGAUGACAUUUUCAGCAUUUUGCUCAUUGAAAUGACUCUCUAUAUCUACAGGUUGGAGCACCCAUUGUGAAGUAUUCUGUGUUGUAUAAGCGGCUAAGGUCCUUCAUUAUGAAACCCUUGCAUAUAGGGAUGGAUCAAAAUGAAUAGGAUGUAUUCAUAUCGGUUGAGGGGGGGAUGGGGCACUCAUUAUCCCUCAACCCUGGAAAGCAAUACUCAGUGUAUUUGGUACUGAAGCGACUUAAAAUUUGUAUUGUUUUGUAGUGUUUUGUUUGUUCUUUAGUGACCUUUGCUUAAACCAAUGAUUUUGUUGCCAAAGAAAUGUAGUUCCAGUGAUAUAUAUUACAAGCAGGAAUUCAAACCCCGGGCGACUGUUUCAUAAAGACUUAUUAUAACAAAACAGAAUUUAUACAAGUUUAUUAUUAUUAUUAGCCAAUCAAAUGGAAUGAUUGCAGUAGCUUUAAACUGUUACUGCAAAUUUGUUAUUUUGACAAGUUUUAUGAAACAGUGUCCCUGGCCUCAACUCCAUCCAGUCUCUGAGAGCAUUUCAUGAAACAAAUGCAUGUGGUUUGUGAUUUUUUGCUAUUGGUUUUAAGCUACUGAAAUCCAUGCAUCUGAUUGGCAUAGUGAUUGUCGGUGAAAACCGCAGACUGUUUGUUUCGUGAAAUGCUCCUAUGUUGCUGGCUUUAUAAGCAUCUCAUUUAUUUUUACAUUCCAAGAAACUCAAUAAAUGUGACAUGAAGUUUCAGAUAAAAGAA